CAUGUUUUACACACACAGCUGAGAGAGAAAAGGGAGCCAGUCAGAGAAAGAGACGACCUCAGCCGGAGCCCGCAACAGGCAGCAGCACUGGCAGCCGUCGUCUCUUGUUCUUUACUCUGGCUUUCACAACAACAACGUGACAUUAAAUACUUUCUUUUUCCGCCAAUGCCAUCGCGAAAAUUCACAGACAUGGACUCACACGGGCCUGAAUGUUUGGAUCAGUGUGGGUCUCAUGUGAAAAGAAGGAGGCAUGACAGUGAGCAGUCCGUGUCCUCCGGCCUGGAGUACACCGACCUGGAGGCGGCCGAAGCUCUGGUGUGUAUGAGCUCCUGGGGCCAGGCUCUGUUCCUCAACAGCAGCAAGCCCAACCCCUGCAAGCCUCGGCCGCUCACCCCGGCCUCGGACUCCUGCGACUCCCUCCUGCCGCCAGAACUCCCAGAGCCCUCGAAAGACUUCGUCUCCCUGUCUUCUCUGUGUAUGACCCCUCCUCACAGUCCCAGCUUUGUUGAGAGCUCCUCCACGGCUGCGCUCCAGUCCGCCCCGGCCACACAUCGCUGUGGCUCCGGGCUCCACCAACCUGCUCUGGCACCCAUCGCCGAGAAGACCCCCUCCCCGCCGCCUGUGCCACAGCCCUGCAGAGCCAUGGCGACCAGCGUCAUCCGCCACACCGCAGACACCAGCCUCUGCCAACAUCACAUUCCAGUGGCCCCCAGUUCAGAGAACACCAGAGACACAGUAGCAGCUACAAUCAUCUGCCAGCAGCAGCAGCAAUGCGCUGCGAAAGCUGUCCAGAUAGCCACACCUCCAUCCCCCCCCCCUCCAUGAUGCCCUCGCACUCAGAGCAGCCAGCCAGUCCUCGAACCCUGUUUGGACAGGGUCUCCACUCCCUCUCCCGUCAGCACCCAACCACAGAGCAGCCCACCCACUCCUCCCGCUCCCACAACCCUGUCCCCUCCUCCGGCCACCAGUCCUCAAAUCAUCUGCCAGAUGUUCCCUGUCAGCAGCCAAUCAGGUAUCAUUUCAGCUUUCAUCCCCGGCGCAGUUCAGACGGCCAACUCUGGAAUUCGGACCACCACCACACCCAUCCUCCCCCAGCCCUCGCCGGGCGGCGCGGCCCCCGUCCAGCAGUCCCUCAUCGUGGGCUCGGCGGUGCCCCAGGGCACGGUGAUGCUGGUCCUGCCGCAGACCUCGGUCUCCCAGGCGCCGCACUGCCCUCAGACUGUCAUGACGCUGGGCAACACCAAGCUGCUACCUCUGGCCCCCGCCCCGGUCUACGUGCCGGCCGGGCAGAGCGGCGGCGGCGCCGCCACAAAGAUGGACUUUUCCCGCCGGAGAAACUACGUGUGCAACUUCCCCGGCUGCAGGAAGACGUACUUCAAGAGCUCCCAUCUCAAGGCUCACCUCCGCACGCACACAGGUGAGAAGCCCUUCAGCUGCAGCUGGGACGGAUGUGAUAAAAGGUUCGCCCGCUCCGACGAGCUCUCCCGCCACCGCCGCACCCACACCGGGGAGAAGAAGUUCGUGUGUCCCGUGUGCGACCGGCGAUUCAUGCGCAGCGAUCACCUAACCAAACACGCCCGCCGCCACAUGACCACAAAGAAAAUUCCCUCCUGGCAGGCUGACGUUCGGUGUUUGAACAGAAUGGCUGCUGGCAAAGCGCCGCCCUCAAAACCUGGCAUUACUACGAUAAGCAUGCUGGUACCUGCUGGCUCCCAGUAGGCUGUGAGCCAUCCUACCCACUCCCAAGACACCAGAGGGACGCAGGGAGCAGCCAAGCACAGAAGGCCGCUGCCCUUUGACUCAUGGGAAUGAUCAGAACACAUGCACUGGACUGUUCUCCUGCUCUACUGCUCAUUUGUACAUGUAUUUUCUCUUAAAAAAAAAAAGAUUCUUUGUUUACCUUUAUAUAACUGA